AUAUUCUUGUCAUUAGGUAGAAGGCGCGAGAUACAAACAGGUAUAGUUCGGGCUCCUAUCAAAUUUAAAAAAUAUGUCGUUUCAAGAUAAAGUUGUUUUGGUGACGGGAGCCAGCUCUGGAAUUGGAGCCGCGAUAGCGGAGAAAUUCGCCGCCGAAGGAGCCAAAGUAGCGAUUGUUGCAAGAAAUACAACAAAAUUAGCCGAAGUGUCAAAAAAAUGCGAAGAAGUCGGCAGUAAACCACUCGUGAUAGUAGCGGAUGUCACUACAGAGGAAAGUGCUCGAAAAGCGGUGAGUCAAACCAUCGAUCAGUUCGGCAAGCUAGAUGUACUAAUCAACAACGCGGGUAUCAUGAACUUCGCGAGUAUAUUGGAUGAAAAUGCGAUUGAAGCUUUUGAUCACACCAUGGUUACGAAUCUGAGGUCAGUCGUUUGUUUCACCCACAUUGCCGGUCCUCACAUUGUUGCAUCCAAAGGCAACAUCAUCAACAUAUCGAGCAUCGCUGCAUUGGGAGUUGUAGUCGACAAAGCAUUUGCGUACUGCACAUCUAAGGCAGGUUUAGACCAUUUCACUAGAUGUAUGGCGUUGGAAUUAGCGCCAAAGGGUGUCAGAGUGAAUACUAUCAACCCUGGGCCUGUGAGAACUGACAUCAUUUCAAACUCAAUGGGCGUAGACAAAGCAACACAAGAUGCUAUGUAUGAAGGUAGUGAAAACGUAACUCCUUUAGGAAGAAUUUCUGAGUCUGAAGAAGUAGCCGAUUUGACACUAUUCCUGGCAAGUGACAAAGCAAAGGGUAUUACGGGAUCUUCGUAUGUUAUUGACAACGGUAUAAUAUUGUUGGGACUUCUUAAAAAUGAAUAAAAUACUUGAUGGGAAUACAUGGUCUUAGUUAAAAAGUAUAUGUAAUUAUAAAAUGUGCAAAAUCAACUUAUUUGAUUUUA